UUGAGUUUUUAAGUUCUACCUUCAGUUGUAAAUACGUUGCAAUCAAUGAACAUAUCGUAGCAAACAGAUGAGAGUUCAACUAUGCUUUUAUUUUCCAUUAAAUAAGUGUGAAUGAAUAAGUAUCUCGUUGCUGACGUCUAGGAGGCUUUAUUCGAGUCAAACACAUUUUCAGUUGUGCUUGCAGAUUAUAUUACUCAAUCCACAAGUUCCAUGAAUUUUGAUGCCGCAACAUCUCUUGUUAAAAGAAAAAAAGUUGACGAAUCAUUUGUUCCUAUGCGUGAUGAUCAAACUUUGGAAGUGUAUGCAAUUAAACCCGCCAUAGAACAGUGGAGUGACGAUUCUCCUGACGAGGCAAGUGGGGAAGACGAAAUUUUGGAAGGAGACGAUACUUUCCAACCUAUCCCGACAUCGCAAACUGAGAAUACCAAGAAAAUACCAGUUACUCAAGCGAUUGAAGACUCAGAAACUGACACGGAUGAAGAACUAUUUCCAGAAAAAAAAACUAUUCGUAAAGGACAAGACAUUCCAAAAGAUAAUGAACAUGAUUAUGCAAUAAAUCGUACGACCUCGUCAAGAAUUCUAACUUCUGAGGCCAUCUCAAACUUACUGGGGAUAGAUGUAGCUGAUAAAUUUUCGAAAUCGGUUCCAGAAUAUAAAAAACUAAAAUUAUCAUCGACACAUCUAGAAACUAUUAAAGAAAGAUACAUUAUUAAGCAACAAGAAAAGCAGGCAAAAGAACAGGGCGGUGAUAAAUCGGACUCUAAAAAGCGUGACUUUACGGUACCAGAGAUUGUUAUACAAUAUGUUAAGACAAUCAAUCCGUACUGCAGUUUACAAACACAUUCAAAUAAGUUUACAGUUGCUACUAAACGGAAUUCUGCUGGUCAUUUAUUACGGACUAUUGGCUAUUGUGGCAUGAAAAAUCCAGAUUGUCCAUUUCGGUUUACGGUCGAUAUCCACAUGAACGGUGACGUGUUCAUCAAUACAAAUGGUGCGCUUAUUCAUGAAGGGCAGUUCAAAGCUCGUCACAUUCGUAAGCCAGAACGACAAGCAUUGAAAGAAGCAUUUGAACAAGGAGCCAAUCCAAUCCUAGUAUUUCACAAACGUUUAGCGCAAAUUCCAAGGAAUAUUUUAAAAGCUGGAAAUUUAGAUGGUGCUGGAAAAAGUGUAACAGUAUAUCAGAAAAUUGCAGCAUUUAACGAAUCCGCUUCGUUCAGUAACUGUGUUAAUAGACUGUUCGAUUUAAAAGCAAAAUAUAUGCAACAACUCAUGCCUCACGGUCCUGUUCCCGGAAUCAUUCAGCGCAUAAGCUCCGAUCCAUUAGCAGUUAUCUGUCUCACGUCGUCAGGAUUAACCUUAUGGAAUAUACAAGCUACUGAUGAGACUGCUGAAUUUACAUGGGACGCCACCGGAAACGUUGUUCAGUGUCUUGAUCUAAAGAAGAAAAUAUUAUACUACGAGUUAACGAUGGCAAGCCCAAUCAAGAGGGGGACCCCUAUUCCAUUAACAUUUCUUUUAUCCGAAAGCCAAGAUGCUGUUACUAUUAAACUUUGGCUUGAAACAUUCAAACAACUCUACUUGAAACAAUACAAUUCUACAGAUUCGUUCCCAACUCCUAAGAUUAUUAUCAACGAUCGAUACGGAACCAAUGAUGAUAUUCAAAAAACAAUUCCGCAUGCAUGCACUGCGCAUAUCAUGAAAGAUUGGAAAAUACUAUGCCAUAAAUCAAAACUGAAAAAAGAGGAAGUCAAAUCAAUUAUGUUGUAUUGCUCUGUUGUUCUUAAUUCAAAUACCUAUGAAGAAUUAAAGAAGAACUAUCAGUUAUUUUGCGUUUAUUUUAUUCAUCCGGAAGACACACCGCAACACCGUGCUGCAAAAGAGAAAUUAAAUGCAGCUGUAAGAAACCUUGGAAAAAUGAAUGAAGAUGAUGUAGAUAAUGUGAUUGCGUAUCACGAAAAAUAUUUACAGUUAAACGUUGUUGACGAAUAUGAUAUUGACGAUAUCGACAAAGAAGAGAUUGAUGAUGAUAUAAAAAAGAUGAAUCAAACUGUGCAGACAUGGUUUUCGGAGGAACAAAUGCUCAAUGAAUUUGAUUCUAAUGUUAAAACUGAUAUGCACCAAAUUUAUGGAUCUGUGUGGAAGCAACUGACAUCAGUCGCAUCACAAAACAGUAACAACAAAUCGAGUGAUACGCAUGUAUUUACAAAAAGCAGAAAAAGGAUCAAAGAUGAAGAAAGUGAUCAAAAAGCGCAUGAGACAAAUUUAAAUCCGCAUGGGAGAUUCAUACUGAGGUUCAACAAACUGUACAUGCCAACUGUCCAUUUGUGGAGUAAUAUAUUACUUGGAGAUCUGGAUCGAUACCGUACAAUUGAUAAUGUCACUGCAGCUGGAACGUUAAGACAAGAGAUCGCCAAAAUUCAACGUACAACGGGAACAUCAGAAAAACGUAUGUCUAUCGUGAAAAAUGUGGAACUGAACAAAAAGGCAUUAAAAAGAUUGGACUUAGUUGUUGGUCUUCUCUGUGAUGAUACAAUCGCGAUUCAAAAGCAAGCUGGGCUUCAACUAGCUGGUCCAACUAGGUCACGGCGUCUGAAAGAAUUGACUGAAAGAUGGUCGAAAAAAAAAAUAGGUCAUUAUCAACAGUACGCAAAAUCAAUGGAAAAUCUGAUAAAAAUGAAAAUGCCAGAAGUUAUGUUUUAUUGCGAUACGAAGACAGUGGCUGUAUGGCAAAACAAGGAUAAAAUAUAUGGACUAGAAAAUUCUGUAUUGAGAGCAACGAUAACUAUGAAAGUACUGCAAAGAAAUAUGAUAUAUAUAGAUCCGACUAUCAUACUUCCCGACCAUCUCGAUGAUUUAUGCACACUUCUCGGCGUGAAAUGA